AUGACUUCGAUGCACUACAUCGUUCCUACUGAGUCAUGGGCUUCAAACGGUCUCGACUCUUCCUCCGACUCCAUCAAGACUUCGGUAUCCACUGCCACUUUUCCCCAAUCGACCCAAGAAACCCCAUGCAAGCCUUUGUGCAGUUCACAGAAUAUCUCUUCCAACACUGCAACGACUGGCAUGACUAUUGCAAAAGUACAAACUCUGGUAGCUGACGCCACAUCCAUCACCGCUAUUUGUCCAGCUAAAGAGUCGCAGCUUACUCUGCAAUCUCAGUAUCCAUAUAGUCUAGAGCAAUCUACAGAAAUUUCAUUAAGCAAUACUUGCAAUCCCAGAUCCGCUUCUUCCGCCUCAAGUCUUUCUGCUACACUCUCAUCUGGUGCAUGUGAUGAAGAAGCCUUUCCCGCACCUACCGUCUUUGCUGCUCGUUUAUCCUACUCCGCAGUUGCUGCUACAGGUCAUGCUCAUAGAAUCCCUCAUGCCAUGGCAAUUCCCUCUGUCCAUUACGGGGUUCACCAAUUGGCGGUAACUACUCCUUGCGAAUCUUCCCUUUCUCCAUCCAUUUUGCCACAUACCGCUUCCUUUUCACCUCCCAAAACUAUUGGUUUGUCUACAUCACCUACUCACGGUGAAUCUGAUCUUGAUCUACAAAUCCAAUCCUGCAUGUCUAAUCUUGGUCAUACUAACCCGGUCGAGCUUGAAACACAGUCGUAUGCUUCUGAUACUACCCUGCCACAAUCGACUGAGAAUUUAGCUUUGGAAAAUGAUAAAUACUUGAAUGAUGGUGAAUAUACAACCAGUUGUAAAAGCUCGUCCAGCCAUGAGUCUGACUUACAAAACGAGACGGGUUUGCAAUCUAAGCAAGAUGAUCAUUUAAUGGAACAGCAUAUGGAGUCUGCUGAUGGUCAACUCUUGGAUCCGCAACACAUGCACAUGUAUUCCUAUAUUCCACCACCUCCCAUGGGAUUUUCAUAUGGCCAUAUUCAUCCAGACUAUUAUUAUAUAUCCCCUCAAUUCCAGCAACUACCAGGUGAUGCUUCCGCUAAUUCUCCCUCUCCAAGCCAUGCAGAGUUGGAGGUAGCAAAUUCCAUCACCGCGUCUGCCUCUCCUUCUACAGUGGUUAAUGAUCUUGAGCCUUUGGGUUCGCCAUCUGAAAUACAAUCUCCUACAACUUCAGUGAUCACAGCGUCUCAUUCAUACCCCAUGAAUUCUCAGUUUCAAAACUAUUCUCAAUUUCAGCAGUACAAAUCUGUUCCAGUGCAUCCAUAUUACCCUUCUCACCAACACCCCAUAUAUUAUCCAGGCUAUGCGCCACAUGGAAUAUAUGCUAAUCAAGGCGGUAUUCCCAUGUCUGCUCCUUCAUCUUCAUCAUGCACUUAUCCGGCUGCAGGUAAUGGCAGCGGUGGUAGAUACAUGCUUCUCGCUCAGUAUCAGCAACCAUUUUCUUCUACAAACUAUAAUGGCCUUCAGCCCAUUGCAGACCCAGCCAUGACUCACCCUGCCGCAUUGAGCUCGAAUUUUUUCAACCAAACCCAGGUAGCUUUUGAUUCUACAUCAAACACUGCUAAUACUGGAGACACGGUUGAAGGCCAAAAAAAGUUGCACUCGUAUGGAGAAAAUCAGCCUUAUCACUCUCGUCCAUUUCAGCAAGGGAAAAAAGCUAAUUAUUUUGCACCUCGACAAUCAAAGUCUUACCACCAAAAUCAACAGCAGACCUAUCCCCAUCCAAGCAAUCAACGUGCACGAUCAACCUCGAUAAGUUCUAAUGCUAGUACUGCUACAUCUGGUCACUCCAAACGGCAGUAUGGAAAUAGCAGUUCUCGUGGUCAGAAUCAACAACAAUAUCACCACGCAAGCAAUAAUAUGCGAGCUCAAGAGAGAAAAAAUAGUUUUGGUGGUAGUGACAAUGGACACAAUUUUUACAUGACUACUAAUAUUUAUGUUCGCAAGCUGAGUCCGCAUGUUACAGAUGCUGAUUUUGUUGAGCUGUGCAAAGAAUUUGGUAAAAUUGUUUCAUCCAAAGCAAUUAUAGAUCCAAUGACAAAUAUGUGCAAAGGGUUUGGUUUUGUCAUGUAUGAAACGAUUGAAGAGACCCAACAGGCUACUCUUGGUUUGGUGGUAAAGGGAUACGAGGUAGCCCCUGCGAAAAUUGGACCAAGAAACAUGGCUGUUAGUCCAAAUCAAGCAUUACCUGCACUCGAUAUUAAUACCAAGGAACUUUCCGCUGAUCAAGAGACGAGUUUGUACGUAGCAUGUCUUCCACAGGACAUGAAUGAAGAAGGGUUACUUGAGUUAUUUUCAGACUUUAAACCCAUUUCUUCUCGUGUUAUGUUUGAAAAUAAUGUCAGUCGUGGCAUGGGCUUCAUCAAAUUUUCGGAUCGCCAAGCUGCCAAAUCAGCUAUUACAAAGUUUAAUGGAGCAGUCAUUCCUGGAGCAAGUCGAGCACUACGUGUGAGUGUUGCCGAGCCUCCUGGACAGCGUCGACACAAGAAUUCGCACUAUAAACACCACUAUAUGUCGCGCAAUCAGCAUUACAAUUUACAAUCAGCAAACUCGGCAAAGCCAUUAUAUUUUCAUGCACCCCAGCAAGUUCCUUGGACACCCAAUCCAUAUAGUCCUCAAGCUUUUGGACAGACUGGCAUGUAUGCUCCUUAUUAUGGUAUGUACUCUUAUCCCGAGUUGCCAAUCAUGUAUGGCGAUGUCAAUGGGUAUCCGGAUACAGUAAAGACAGGCAUAGAUGUUUCAGAGAAUACGGCCAACACACCCCAAUUGUACUCAACCAACUCAUAUGAUACAGAGUUUCAUUCCGCCAAAUGUUCAACAGGUGAUAGCGAUGAUCAUUCCACGCGUGAUGGGUAUACCUUGACAAAAGAGUUUACGCAUACUGGCACGGAUUCCAGUAGCGAUGUUGUUGUUUUAAUGGAUGGAAAGGUGUAUACUGACAAUGGCCACGAGUACAGCUGUAAUCAAAAUGGAUUUGAAGAUAAUGUGUCGGAUGUCACUGAGCGCGAAUAUGUAUUGGAUUCCAAUGGGUUGAAUGAUGACAUGGUUGAGUGUGUUGGUAAAGCACUUGAAAAGCAGUGUGUAGUUUGAAGAUGAUUUGAGUCUGAUUGAAACAUGCUGUGAGAAUAUGUUUGACUCAGUUAUGAAUGUAUGCAGCAUCAGCAUAAUAUAGCCUGUAUUUCCGUGUGUUGGAUUCAAUAAAAUUGGUUGUGCCC